AUGUUUCAUCACUUCAUCCGAACGGUCCUGGUGCCAGCAGGGAAGAAGCGGCUUGUCGUGUACGCCGACAAUUGUUCGGGCCAGAACAAGAAGAAUCUCCUGAUCAAAUUCCUGGUGACCCAGGUCCACAUGGGUGUCUUUGAGAGAAUCGACUUCAAGUUCUUUGUAAAAGGAUAUACAAAGAACUCCUGCGACAGAGGGUUUGGACACAUCCGCAAGUACGUGUCGCGACAGGAUCUCUGGACAAUGGGUCGCAUUGUCGACGCGGUGAAGGACUCUGCCACGUCCAAUGCGACGGUUCACAUCUCGCGAGGCGAUGAUUUCUUCUACAGCUACAAACCACUAGUCUCUGAGCUCUACAAGACUCUAGUCGGUGUUCAGCAGUUUCAGAUUUUCUCGAUGGAUGCGUCCAAGCCGGGAGUGGUGCAAUGCAAAAAGGGCCCUGAUAGCGAUACUGAGGAACAAGAUCUCCGUAGAAAGAUUGACGGUGUGUUGACGGAAGGCACCAAGGUCGAGCGGAUAUUCACGCAGUUUCUGGAGGCGCUGCCACUACCACCUAUCAACCCGGAAAAGGUGUACACCAUGAACCAGACCGUUCGCAAAUACGUGCCGGAGGAAUUCAGGUCGGACGUGAUGUAUGCAGCCCCGUCGAAGAAGCAAGGCGAAGACGCAAAAACGGCGAAGCAAGCGCGCCGUGAGCACCGGGAAGCUAUGGCUGCGGCUGCAAAGGAAAACCGUGACCGUCGCGGACGCGACACUACACCUGCUAAGAAGCAGAAGACAUCCGGACGCUUAGCUUUCUGCUCAGACUUAGGCAAAGCAUUUUGUUACCUGUCUCCAAUUGUUAAUCAAAAUGAUACUUAG